CCCCUUCCCGGAACGAGAAGACGAGCGAACAGAAAGGAUGUGUGCAGAAUAUGGGUGAGAGUGGCCCUCCCAGCCAAAACAUCUCUUUUUCCGAUUGGAAUUCAAACCAAUUCUUAGCUUCCCCCGAGAGGAAAACAGAUCAAAAAUGCCUGGACGACUGUAUAUUUGGGCAGUACACUAAUGUCAAGGACAACGCUAACAAAGAAUACUCCAGGAAAUCCCCCACCACCUCCCCCACGGGGUCUCCGACUGCAGCGUUCGGUGCCUCCCUCCACCAGAAGGACCUGAGUUACGAUGACCUGUCCAAGAACAUCGACGCCAACCUGGCCGAGAUUGACAUGGAGACAUUCCGCUCCGAAGACAUCAAUUCCAUUCUGGCCCUGCCGGCCAUCUACAGCGGUGACUUCCAGUCCGCAAGUCACGGGGAACAGUGCGCGUCUGUGUCCGGAUCCCUGCUCAAUGGCCUCGAGCUGGACGCAUCCACUAGGAGCAAUCGGCAUUCCGAAGAUGAAAUCUCAAUCUGCAAGGAUGAACCUUUGUUUUCUCCUCUGAGAGAACCACCUGUGCCAGAAGCUACAAUAUCAGUUGACAGUUUGGAUAAUAGUUCUAGUUACGAACAAGAUUUAGUGCUUACCUGUAAGGCAAACAAAAACAAUUAUACAAUAGUUUUUGAAGGAAGUAGUACUCAGUUUUCUGAUGACUCAGAUUACCAAGAUGUUUGUCGAAGUAGCGAGGGUGAGGGUAGUUUAUCAGGUGCGGUGCACAUUAAUUAUAGUUCCAGCUUUAAGAAGCAAAGUUCGAUGGUACAAUCUGACGUAGCUUUUACUACUUGGAGCAAGUUGUGGAGGAGUCACAGGAUAAAUCGUAGAAAAAGUGACUGUGGUACCAAAGUAUCAAGUAAAAGCCAAAGCUUACCUAACCUGAGUCAUAACUCUGUAUUCAUCACUGACAAACAGCUAACGCAGUGGGCAAAAUGGUGUGGCAACCAUCGAUUCCCAUUGUACGAAGUGGUUCAGAAUUAUCAGGCUGCUGGAAUGCGUGUUGCCAAUAGCAAAGAAUGCUUACAUUCUGUGUCUCUACUCAAACUUUUCAUGAAGCACAGAGUGUCAAGUAAUUCUUCUAUCGGCUCCAGCGGCCAAUCUGAUUCUUCCACCUCCUUAAUCCUACAGCCUUUGAACUUCCGUAAUGCUAGUCUGCAAAAUUCUCUAGACAUAUCUGACAACAAGAUCAAACCACUUCAAAGAAAUACUGAUGAUGCCAAAGAGAAGCAUAGGGCCGUCAGUGGACAUAACGAUAAUGAUACCCGUCAGACGCAGAUGUUCGUGGACAAUAUUCAGAUUUUGGACUGGAAUUCGGUGCAGAACAUGACAGAAGCCAACAACAAUAACAUUAACUCUCUGUACAAUAACACAGAAAACAACGUGCCUGAUAACAAUAAUAUUGAAGAUAUUACGGUAAAUUCUGGGAAUGAUGAUUGUGACAAUUCUCAGUGCUUUGAAGAUAGUUUGAUGGAUGCUCCUUCCCCACCUCUUAAACAUUUCCAUGCCACUCCAAUAAAAGAAGAAGAAGAGACUGAUAUCUCUAGUGGUGAUGAAGUCAUGAGAGACAGCAAAAAUCCUUUCGGCAGCGACGACAGCACUUCUGGAGACAUCACUGUUAUUCAGAAUAACACGCUCGACCAUGUGGCUAACAAUAACAGGCAAGAAAAUUCCAGCAACCUCGAAAGAAUCAAUAACAUUUUCCCAUGUAAAUCAAAUGUAGUGCUCUUAAACAAAGCCUAUCGUGAAGAAUUGUCUUCGAAAAAACCCGCCGCCUCUGCCGAGAAUCAUUCUCAGAGCACUCAAACAAAGCAGUUCAAUAUAAAUGACUGUGUUGGAUCGGAUGGGUUCAAGCCUUUGCAUGCCUUCAGUUGUAAAACUAGCAGCAACCAGACUGACUGUGAUACUGUAAAUACUGUGCAUUAUGCAACAUCUAGAGAUUCGAGUCCCGCUUCUAGUGGUUACGUCAGCAGUCGACACAGUUCUGUAGAACGGCUGCGUCCUUCGUCUCAAGGAAGUAGCAUGAAUCAUAAUGUUUCUCCUGUUGCGGCAGCAGCCAGUCCAGUCUUAGCACCCAAGAGCAAUGUUGUUCUUACCACUACUUGCACGUGUGGAACUCAGAUUCCUGUGCACGUUAAAGAUUCUUCUGUUCAAACGUCUACUUUGUGUAAUUCAAGUUCCAGCUCUGGUUUUACCCUUAAAGAAUCCUCAAUAUCCCUUCCUGAGCCCAAUCAGUUCUCUCAAACUGCUGUCAAGUGUCCGUUGCAGAAUAUGGCUUCACAGACCAAGCAGAAACAGAAGGAUAAAAAAUCCAUAUAUGUAUGCUAUCCGAAUUAUUCCUUGCCUGACUUAAGUUUCUUAAAAUCAAUAAUAGAAGAAAACUCAGAGUCUGUCUUUCUUACUCCUACGGAAUACAAGUUGCCUCAAGAAAUACUUAAUCAAAAACGACCUUCUAGACCUAAAUCAUAUGGGGCUUAUGAAAGUCUAUUACAGAAACAUCUUACUAAGAUUAAGGAUUGGGAGUCCUUAAACGUCUUAUUGCCUGACGAUUUGAAAAUUUUAAUUUCCAAAACCCAUGUCAAAGGUGUCAAAACCGAUUCUCCCCUCACCAAAGAUUCUUAUUCUAAACAUAGAUAUCAGAGUUUGUCGUCUUCGUUUUGCAACGCUGAUGAUGCCACCAAAUUGAAGACGAAUUUUUCUGACCCUGCUUACAGACAGCAUGUCCCACGAAGCAUUUUGAGAAAAUCUAGCUCCGUGGAGCAAUGCGAAGACAAACAAUGUCGGGUGCACUUGCCCGUUCGUUGCACGAGCGCUUCUUCAGUGAUUGGCGGCAAGGAGACUGGGACUUCUCCAGACAGUGAAACUGGGCGUUACAGACUCCGCUGCAGUGACUCGAAAUGUUCGGACUGUUUAAGCGUCGCCAAAGCUGAAGCUUCGCUGAAGAAAUAUGCAAAUGUCCCCAUGGAGGGCAAGCAUCCGAAUUGCAAUUUCAAACCCACAUCUCCAUCGCAUCAUCAGCAACAAGAUAUUGCUGCUAGAGGCGACAAGAAGUCCUGUUCCUACGAGCACUGCAGGGACGAAAACCUGCUUCAAGAAUUUUCAAACAAAAGUGUCCCAUAUCCAUUUGGUAAUGAAAAUGUCAUAUCGUCGCUUGAUCAGAAGAGCGAUGGCCAUAGUUUGGAAUCUCACAUGAACUGCUUGCAUGGUAAAAAAGCUGUCAAGUUCUGCGAAAAGAGUCCUACCAAAACAUCUAAACAUGCAGAUGCUUGCAAGGCGGGACGAUGCUGUAGCUGUGAUACUCAGAAUAGAUCGCCUAGUGAUUUUCAUAGUUCUCAAUGUUCCUGUGAAAUCUGUAGUUUGGAGUCUGAUAAGCCUCCUCAAGAAUUUCUUGUUUCUCCAACGCAAAAUUCCCUUUUAUACCCUGAGGUAUCAGAUUCUUACACCUUGCAAAACUUUUCUGGAGGGGGAAAAUUUUUCCAAGAAGCUCUCAAACGAAAAACAGGUCUGGUUGAAAACUUGAGGAAAGCCACUCAAAACAUAUUUGAACACCACAAAACAUCUAGUAAGAAAGGGGUGGAUUGUGGCUCAUCAUUUUCCAUGGGGCAAAAGAUCCUGACCUGGCUUUGCCCUGCAGUACAUACCAUCUUGUCUGACGGCCUGCUGCCAUCUGUCCAAGGAUUUUUCGGCCCUUUGCCAAAUACCCCAUGGAAAGUUGCUGGAGCAUCGAUAAAGCAAGGUGAAACGAGGAAAGAAGUGGAAGACUUACUCAAUCAUGUCAAUUCUGAAAAGCAGCUUACCGAUAGCACUUACAGAUUUAAUGCUUUCAUCAUAGGUUUGCUGAAUCUUGGAUGUUUUGAGUGGUGGCUAGGUCAUUUAUGUGCUUGUCAGAGCCUCAUCUGCCAUCACUACCACCCGACUGCCCUUCUCAGUUUGCUGGCUCUCCCUGCCGCAGUGCAUUUGCGCCACGAGUUGAAGGAACUAGUGAGCCCCUUGUCGAACCUGUCUUUCAACCUGGACAUCCUGUUUGAAACCAAAGUGACUGGUGAUAACUGGAAGAAAUACAGUGAGAGCAACUUGAGGCCUUCUGCCAUGGAGUCACAUGCGGAAGCCAAGGCCGCCAAAGAAAGCGACGAUAAAAACUACAUUGAUCUCAACCUGCACUUCUCCCCUUAUAAGCAGACUGUUGGAAAUAAAAUCAAUGACUUUAGCUUGAAGAGCAGGCACAGUCAGGCGUCUUCACCGUGCAAUAACGUGAUGAACAUUAGAAGCGAGGCUGAAGAGUGCCAUGAGAACCAGGUGUGGCCUGGCAUAACUAUAAACCCCUUUCCUAAUGCCAAGUUCGCCGAAGAGUUCAACAUCACUAGUCAGAAGAAGGAGAAGAAUCAGCGGAGUGGGAUGCCGCUGAACCUGAUGAGGGACACUCUCUUGCCGCGGGAUGCAGACCACUGCGGGAGGAAAGAAAUCCCUUAUUUCUCGCUCUGCUCCAGUACCGACAGCGGCUGCAGCUCCCAGAUUGACCACAACAACCACACCCCCUCGCCUGCGGCGACAGCCAAUGACGAGUCUCCUAACGUGGACGUCAAGGAGGGGCAGCAGUUCAAGAUGCUGCGGCAGAAGUGGGAGAAGAUCAGCCACGGCAUCAACAAGCAGGUCUCGAGCAAAUCGCCCACCAAGAUGACGGCCACCAAGCCCACCAUAGCGAGCAACUCCAAGGCGAAGAAGAAGCUGGAGAUAUCUCCGCCGAGGCAGGCGACCAGGGAAAUGGCCAUUCCGAAGACGCCCACCAAGUCCCCGGCUGCUUCCGGCAAGAGGGGCCAACCGAAGACCAACAUAUAUCCGGCCACCACGAACGAGUUCAGGUUGAUGGCUCCGGAUGUGGUGGCCUCUUCUCAAGUUCCCGGUGAAGCCGGCGAGAAGAGGAGAUCUCAUAUCCCCACACUCAAGUUCAAAAGCCCUCAGGUCAAGUCGAUGAUUCCGGUUCAGAAGCUGGGCACGAGAGCUCGGUCGGCGAACAGAGACCCACGUUUUUCGUUGGAUUAAAUGUGAAGUAUGGAAA